AUGAAGGGCGAUCGAAAAGUUCAACGAGAUGGAUCGGUGAUCGUUGGUUCGCGUGCAUCUAGUUGUGCUUCAGGCGUUUCAUUUGAAUCUAAAACAAGAAUGGCGAAUGCGGCAAGUCAUGCAACUCCGACAACUAUAAUCAAUGCUACUUCGCGGCUUCAAAUCGAGGCUCAAGAGGCUCGCACUAACAAACCGAAUUGGGGAUCUCAGAUGAUCCUGCAAGAUGACUACAACUUUAUAACGGCCUAUGAAGCAGCAAAGAACAAAGCAGAACGGGACGCUGUUCUUGAAGCUAACAAUGAAAAUGGACAAGCAGCGAGAACUUUCGUUAGUCUGAUCAACAAUAUGGCAAAGGAGCAAAACGUACGCUAUGUGCUCGCUUUACUUGACGAUAUGCUACAGGAAGACAAGGAAAGAGCGGAAAUUUUCCAUGAUGCUGCACGCCGUCAGAAGAAAACAUCGUGGCGAUGGUUUACACAAAUACUUCAACAUAAAGAUAACUUCAUUGUAAAUCAAAUGAGUUCAAUUAUUGCCAAGCUUGCUUGUUAUGGAAGCGCUUUGAUGGAUGAGGACGACCUUAACUCUUACUUCGCUUUCUUGCAGGAUCAACUUAAAAAUCAACAGGAUAACGAAUAUAUGAACACGACGGCUCGUUGUUUACAAAUGAUGUUGAGAAUCGAUCAAUAUCGCACCCCGUUUGUUCAACAAGGAGGUGUGCAAGCUUUGAUGACUGCACUGAAUGAAAAAACAAACUUUCAGUUACAAUAUCAAUUAAUCUUCGCGAUUUGGUGUCUAACCUUCAACGUCAAAAUUGCAAGACGAGCUCCAUCACUCGGAAUUAUUUCCGUUCUUGGCGACAUACUUGCUGAAACCUCAAAAGAAAAGGUCAUCCGAAUUAUUCUGGCGACAUUCAGAAAUAUUCUCGAGAAAGCUGAAGAAAAGGAAAUUGUUCGAGAAGCCGCUUUGCAAAUGGUUCAAUGCAAAACACUAAAAACAUUGAAGCUCUUGGAUGCUAAAAAAUUCGACGAUCCGGAUUUAGAGUUUCUCAAUGAAAAACUUUAUCUUUCGGUUCAAGAUCUCUCGUCAUUUGAUGAAUAUGUUAGUGAGGUGAAAUCUGGUCGUCUUCAAUGGUCACCCGUUCACAAAUCAGAGAGAUUUUGGCGUGAGAACGCAGAGAAGUUUAACGAAAAGCGAUUCGAUAUGAUUAAGAUGUUGAUACGGUUGUUGGAUUCGCCCGAUCCAUUAACACUUUGUGUGGCCGCCCACGACAUUGGAGAAUAUGUCCGAUAUUAUCCGCGUGGAAAAGCGUUCGUAGAGGAAAAUAACGGGAAAUCAGCGGUGAUGAAAUUAUUAGCGGCUGAAGAUCCAAACGUUCAAUAUCACGCUCUUCUUGCAAUUCAAAAAUUAAUGGUCCACAACUGGGAAUAUCUAGGAAAGCAACUGGAGAAAGAUACACCCGAAUCAAUUGUCGGGAAG